AUGCUAUCGCGCAGCUCCCUCCGAGCUGCCGCCCAAGGCACUCGACAAGCUGGCCUCACUCGUCCAGCCGUCUUCCCCGCGGCCAUCAAAGCUCAAUGCACCGGCAUCUCCGGCCACACCACUACAUUGCCCGAGGGCCGCAGACACGUCUCCAUGUACGGCUACACACAGGCCAAGGCAUUGAUCUAUUCGAAAUAUGGCGAACCGAAGGAUGUUCUUAGCCUCCACAAACACUCAAUCUCCGCCCCCCACGGCUCCCAAGCGUCUAUCCAUCAAAGCCCCCCCUUCGAAACCAGCCUCGGCACAAGCACCCCCGCCGCAGUUGGCGGCAACGAAGGCGCCUUCGAAGUCCUAUCCGUCGGAGCAAGUGUUAAAAACCUCGCCGCAGGCGACUGGGUAAUCAUGAAAAAAACCGGCCAAGGAACCUGGCGCACACACGCCCAACUCGACGAGUCCCAACUCAUCAAAAUCGAAAACAAAGAAGGAUUGACACCGUUGCAAGUCGGUACCGUCUCCGUAAACCCCGUCACAGCUUACCGGAUGAUUCGCGACUACUGCUCUUGGGACUGGAUGCGGGCUGGUGAGGAGUGGCUUAUUCAAAACGGGGCCAAUUCCGGCGUUGGGAGAGCUGCUAUUCAAUUCGGUCGGGAAUGGGGUGUUAAGACGCUGAAUGUUAUUCGACAACGUUCUACACCUGAAGAAACUGAGGCCUUGAAGGCUGAACUUAAGGCCCUUGGUGCUACGGUCGUGAUUACCGAGGAAGAGAUGCUUUCGGGUAAUUUCCGGGAUAUGGUUCAUCAGUUUACGCGUCAGGGUAAAGAGCCUAUUCGACUGGCGCUUAAUUGCGUUGGUGGGAAGAAUGCUACUGCGCUUGCGAAGACGUUGGCUCCCGAUUCGCAUAUGGUUACUUAUGGUGCUAUGUCGAAACAGCCUGUUGCUUUGCCGAGUGGGUUGUUGAUUUUUAAGAAUCUUUCCUUCGAUGGGUUUUGGGAUAUUCCUGUUGAUAAUGUUUCUUGGAGCUGGGAUAGUGAGGGUCCUGCGCUUGCGGAGAGUGUUCAGGGGACUUUGGGUGGGUAUCGGUCUGGGAAGGGUGUGUUUACUUUUACUGGUGGGGAUUAA